AUUUGGAGCGCGGAUACUGACACUCUCAAGGAUGAAGAAAUCCACGACACACCAAUUCAGUCUAUGUCGGCGGCAUUGAGUACCUACGGCUCAGUUGUCGGUUUCAAGCGGGAGGGGAAUAUACUGGGCAUUAGGGGGAUUCGCCUCCUUCACAACGGCUCCUUUUUCCGAGACAUAGACAGCAUCAUAAGAGCUUUCUCAACUCGGCAGAUGAACAAGAUUGUACCAGAAAUUUGGCCGCUCUUUGAAAAGGCUGCCCAAAAAGCAGUCGAUACUGCGGCUGGGGAUCCCGUCAAUAUCCAACCCCAUUUGCAACACGCCAUGGCGGAGGCAACCGUCAAAAUCUUUCUUAUCGAGAAAUACAACAGACCAGACUUCAAAGAACGAAUGAUCAAGGUCGCUGCGUCCAUUGCCGAUCUUACAGGCCUUAACCCAGACCGGUCAUUCCUGGCACGCACGUUUCCACUACUCUGGCACGCAUAUAAAGUGUACGGUAUUAUCGACAUUGGUCUUCACGGUGUCUUUAGAAUCGUCAGCAUGAUUUGGGUCACCUUCUUUCUGGCGCAGUACCCAGAUUGCCAGGAGGCUAUCCGCAAAGAGUGCUCAUCCAUCGCCGGAGGAGGAGGUGCCUUCAAACAAGAAGGUUUACAGAGCGCUGUUCUUACAGACUCUUUCAUUCGCGAAGCUAUGCGGCUGAAAGGGGACAGUGUGAAUGCGGUGAGACAGUGUGUCAAAACUGUCGAACUGGAUGGGAUUACGGUCCCCAAGGGAUCGCUCGUUUUUCCAUUUACCUAUCAGUGUUAUCGAGACCCAGAUCUCCUGGCAAACCCCACUGACUUCAUGCCGAGACGGUGGGUUGGCACCGGAAAAUCAGCAGCAAGCACAGGCCUAGAAUAUCCCGCCUUCGGGUACGGACGAUGGGCCUGCCCCGGGCGAUUUCUUGCCCUCAACGGUAAGCGCCCUAUAAAACACCCCCUUACUCUUUGUUGCAAGGCGUCGAACGCUAGAAUAUCAUGUUCUAAUGGAAGCAGAGAUGAAAUGCUGGAUCCUCGCUCUAGUGGCCUUUUCACGCUUUGA